GAUGUGGCCGAUUUUGCGCACACAUUGAUUUUGAAAGAUGUGGCCCGGACGUUCAAAGCAUAAAUCAUUAAUGGUAUAAAUGUUGAUCAUCAACCUUUCUAUGCAUUGAAAGAUGGCUGGAAUAUUUAGUGUUGUGACACGUAUGAGAGAUCGCAUCAGCGACGAGAGGGAUGAAGUAGCGGACGUUCCAGUGGCUAAGCUCUACCCCCAUGUGCCAAAUCUGGUGACCUUCGUAGACCAUAGCAAACCUAUGCCAUGGACCAAACAAGUGCCGGGGGUUCUUAUGUUUGCAGAUAUAUCGGGAUUCACGGCACUUUGUGAAAAAUAUAGCUCCAUGUCAACAGCUGGCAUAGACAAACUAACGAGGACUUUGAAUGAAUACCUUGGAUCUUUAGUGGAAAUCAUUAUUCAGUCUAAAGGAGAUGUUUUAAAAUUUGCAGGGGAUGCCAUUUUAGCUCUAUGGAAGACCUCCUAUGAUGAAGUACAAAAGGAUGUAGAAACAGUCGUCAAAUGUUGUAUCGACAUUCAGGAUAAAUGUGGCUUAUAUGAGACAGAUAUAGGUGUAACUCUUACUGUAAAAAUGGGUGUUGCAGCUGGGGAUGUCACAAUCAGCUUUGUAGGGAAUGACGGAUUCCGCCAUUAUGUGGAGUCCGGUCCUGCGGUAGAUCAUGUCAAACUGGCGGAGAAACAGUGUCAGUCUGGGUUCAUAGUUCUGUCUCCAGGCACAUGGGAGCAUUGUAACAAACAGAAAUUUAACUAUGUCAGUCUAGCAGAUGAGCGACAUGUCAGGGUAAUAUCCCUUUGCCAAGACUGUGACGAGAAUGAUUCAACUUUCCUUGAAAAACCUUUAACAUUUGAACAAGGUCUUAGUGUACCACAAGAUGGUAAUGAGCGGCGCCGAUCCAUGGUUCUCCCGGUUGCCACGUUACUGAAUUUUGGCAAAAGGAGACAAUCUCUGGAUCUCCGUUCCACAACGCGGAUGCAGCGCCCAGAAACACUGGAGGUACAAACUUCGGGCGAAAACACAAACAUGGCCAGGUCGUCAACACGGCAGCAGUUGCUAUCAGAGCGACAGAGAUCAGCACUUCAGGCGCCCGAAUCGAUGUCAAGACUGCGCGAGGCGACUCGCAUCCUUGGACCUAUGCCAAAGAAACUCCGUCUCUAUGUUUUGUCGCCCGUGCUGAAAAAGCUUGACGACGGCCAGCCGUUAGAAUAUCUGUCCGAGAUGAGACAAAUAAGUGUUAUCUUCAUGAACCUGUCACUGGGGGAAUCCGCUGAUAUUUCCAGUCUCAUGCAAAGCUUGUUUGAGAUAGUAUACAGACAUGUACAGAGUCUAGAGGGCUGCCUCAACAAGAUAUUUUUGUUUGACAAGGGCUGUUCCUUUCUGGUAAUUUUUGGACUUCCUGGGUACAAACAUGAGCAGGAUUGUGCUUACGCCUUACAGUGUUCAGUAAGCAUGGCUAACAGCUUGAAUGAGGAAGAAAUGGUGAGCCAAGUUUCCAUAGGAGUCACAACUGGGACUGCGUUUUGUGGUGUAAUUGGUCAUAAAAAUCGUCACGAAUACUCCGUCAUAGGAAGAAAAGUCAACAUGGCGGCUCGGUUGAUGAUGCAUUAUCCAGGUGCGAUAACUUGUGACGACGAAACCUUCUUAGGCAGCCGCUUACCGUCACAAGCUUUCGACGUUGUGCCAUCGAAGGCAAUGAAAGGUUUGCAAAACAUAGGGACUUUGCGUCAGUUUGUAGCCACGGGGAAUGUGGACGUGACACAACUACACGCACUGAAGCAUUUUCGGUAUCCUCUACUGGAUCGAGUUCAGGAAAUGGAGACAAUCAGACAGUUGGUGCUUGAUAACAAAAGUAUAACAAAGGAUGGGAAACAGAAACAGAUGAUUGUGAUAGAGGCUGACGCUGGGAUGGGAAAAACACGGCUACUGGAUGCCCUGGUUACAAAUGCUCCAGACUUUGGGGCAAGGGUGGUGUCGUGUGCACUCUUGCUGAACGAUGUCACCAAACCGUACUUCCUGGCCCAGCUCUUACUGCGCCUUCUCCUCACAAACGCAGGAUUUUCUGAACAGCUGGAAGAAGAAGUGGACAUAGUGAAAGAAUUACAAGAAAACCACCUCAUCAAAUAUUUGCCACUGUUAAAACUUAUAAUGGGAAAGGAGAGAACAUAUCUGCUGGACAAAGCCUCAAAGGAUAAGGCUGAAUGGUCGACGGCACUUCAUAAUCUCGUCAACUGCAUCGUGCGAGUGUCACUAGAGCGAACUGGAUUAACUCUCUUUGCUGUAGAUGACAUUCAAUUUGCUGACCGGGAAUCUUGGGAACUUCUGGCAGAUAUGCAGAAACAAGACAAUGCUAUAUUUGUGGUGACAAUGAAACCACCGCAGAUGAAUCAGAAACUCCCUGACGGUUGCAGAGCAAUAUUGGCUCUGGAUUCUACCAAAAAGGUUAACCUGGAAGGGCUGGAUACUAAAUACAUGUGUGCCUUAGCUUGCCAAAUUCUAGACGUUGUGCGGAUACCAAGGGCAAUAGACAGGAUAUUGGUUGAAAAAAGCCACGGCGUGCCGUCUUGGUGUGAACAGCUGCUGCAGGAUAUGUGUACAAAGGAUAUUUUACAGAUUGUUCAAAGUGAUGAGACAGAUCCCGUUCUUAUGGAAUCAACUGUUGCCCCUCUGGAUGUUCACAUCACUACGUUUGGUGCCCCUACGGAUCGCAAACGCAGUAAACUUAAUUGUCAGGUUCCCUCUUUUCAGAAACUGAAGACGGGAAAUGCAUUUUUGGCAGUAGAUGACAGUUUGAAACUUCCAGGGAAAUCUGAUACCGACGUUACCGAGAGCAUGAAGGCUCUACUGUCCGUUAAUGUCAACGAAAAUAUCUGCAUUCUAAACCCAAAAUUAAACCCAGAAGAUCUAAAGAUACCCGAGUCUGUCAAAGAUAUGAUGAUUGCUAGAUUAGACGCCCUGAGAGCAUCGGAGCAAAUGCUGGUGAAGUGUGCUUCUGUACUUGAUGUAUGCUUCUACAGGAUGAUUCUGAUCGAAAUACUCCCUAAUCGCGUCAAAAAACAGAGGGUUGACCUUCGCAUUGAACAUCUCAUUAAGCUGGGUAUAUUCGUCUGUGGCGGUGUGGCAACCUCCCAGGAUUUAAGCACGCUCAGCCAUGUGUGUGACUGCAAGAACCACAAGCACAGUAAUGUCAAGAAACCCCUCUGCUCAAUCCUUCGGUUUCAAAAUCCUAUGUUGAGGGAGACAGUGUACGGCAUACUUCUCGACAAUCAGCGUGUGAACCUGCAUUUUAAGGCUGCGUCACAGUUAGACGCUAUGGCCAACAAGUACAGAGAUAAAGUUCCCAACCAUAUCCUAGAGCGUGACGUCAUUACAGCAGACGGCUCAGAGUCUUCUCAAGGACGUAAGCAUAGUGCUGUGGCACCGGCUAGAUUAGGACAGCCGGAAGAAGUGGCCUGGAUAGAACUGGACGCCAUGGACUGCGCAUCCACCUCACGCCACGUCCCGUUGCAAAUGCGGAUAGACAAGGAUAAACUGAGCCCCCUUGCUGAAAGGAACAGAUCGUUGCAGAAACUGCUUCCAAUUUACACAAUGAUAGCUCACCACUGGAGAAGUGCUGGUGAGAAAUACAAACUUGUACGAAUUCUGAUCGAGGACACUUUGGUGGCCAUCGCUCUGGAGCAACCGCUUCGGGCUGAUUCCUUGUUGGAAGAGGCCAAAGCUGCCUUCAUUGACUUUGAAAACACGGACAAAAAGAAAUAUGCAUGUCAUCCGGAUGACAAAAUGAUCUCUACUUGGUUGAAGGCAAAACUGGAGAGAUUACAGGGGAAGGUAAAUGAACAGGAGAAUUUCACGAAAGAGGCUCGAAUAAAUUAUAUCCAAGCUUUGCGAGUGUUAGGAAAAAGACAACCAACCAGUAAACGUGCAGUGGGCGUGGCCUUGUCCUGGAAACUUCGCUCCGAGAUGACUCGUGCUUCAUGUCAGUCAUGCUUUGGACAGUCUCGGCAUGAAUUAACAGAAAAAGUUUCGGAGAAGUUGAGUUGUUUGAGUAGUCUGUAUGACGCACAUAAGCUAUUGAGGAUGGAAAAGGACGCUAUGCUCAAUGCUUUACAACAGUUGUCGGAGAUCCGCUCUUUCCACUGCACCCAGCACCAGGUGAUCAUCGCCUAUAACGCAGUCAUUGAACAAUAUCGUAGACAGAAGUUUUACGGCAUGGCAUCUAUUAUGGAAAAUGAGUUCUUUCAGAGAUUAAAAGAGAUAGGUACUGAGAAGCUGACGGAAUCUGACCUGAGACUUCUGGCUGGUGUCUAUGGGGAGAGCUCUGUUCAGUCUCUAACCCGAGGAGCCCUGCACGAGGCGUUGUUGACAGGGAUUUUCUCAGCAAAGAUUUGUCGAACGCUGGAACUGGCUCAAACUGCAACCAAAUACAUCCCAUCCCUGGUGCAAUCACAGAUUAUGGCACUCAAGGUGACAUGCUGCUUCAACUCCCUUGAACAUCUGAGGGCGGCUUGUGAGGAACUUGAUGACAAAAUCUGUAAAGCCUGGUUCUACUGCUGUUGUUUGGAUCUUUUGUUAGAUGCAGGUCAACCCAUUGAAACUUUCCAGAAGUGUAUGAUGUUCAUUUGUUGGCUCUUCUGCAAUCCAGAAGGAGUCCCUCUUAACCAGGACGAUUGCUGGCUACACAAUUACCUCUUUAUGCGAUUUGCUGUUUGGAAUUGUCGAAAGAGAAGUUUCCUAGAAGGUGACCGUUGGUACCAAAUCGCAAUGGACAUGAUACCUCAGCACUACAACAACUUCUUUGCUCUACAGUCACAGGCAAGGCACGUUGAAUGUCUCUUGUUGACGCUUUGUCAGGCAAAGAAAGGAAAUUUGCCAGAAGUGGAGGAAAAGGUUCUUAAAGCUGUCUCCAAGGAGCUGAGCCAACUGCGAACAGGUCUCAAAUGUGUCCCCAGUCUACGGCCUCGCUUCCUGCAUCUGCUAGCCUACUUCUACGCGCAAGGGAAGAACUGGAAACGUUGUCAACAGGAGAUAGCGGAGUGUGCUAAGGUAUCCAUGAAUCAAGGCAACUGCUACGAGUAUCAGUGGUCACAGUACAACUGGGGACGAUGGAGUGGGGCCUCGCGGGCCAACGGCAUACGAGACUCAAUCUGGCUGAGCUAUAGCGACGGCCAUGUGUUUGACUGGACAGUGGCUAAUAAGGUGUCGAAUGAAGUAGAGUUCUACCCAUGGCCUGUGCCAAGCAAGAUGGUCUCAUAAAGAGAGAGAAGUUUGUCUUGUAAAAUACAUUCUUGCCUGUUGCCCCAAACUGAUGGAUACUAUCCAAAGUAUGGUAGGGACGGGUCAUGUGCUUGGACAGUGGCUGAGACUGUGUCUAUUGAAGUAAAGGGUUCUACCUAUGACCUGUGCCAACCAAGAUGACCACGUCAAGGAGCAGACGGUAUAAUAACAGCCUCAUUAUUUCUCUACAACCCUGUCUAGUCGUAAUACGUCUGCUUCCUGUUAUCUUACAUCGUUUGGCACAAUCCCAAGUAUAGUAACGAUUAAGCUAUACGCUAUAGUCUGAACAAUCUGACAUCUUCGGGAUUGACAUUAUAGCCCUAUGCCUACCACUUAUAUGAAUCAUUCAUAUGUCGAAUAUAAACUGAUGCCGUUCUAUGUCAUUUUAGCAUCGUUACCUGGAAAUACGUCUGCGAUUACCAGUUCAUGUCCAAAAUAACAUGCAAAACUAUGGCAAUACAAUUUUCUCUUGAUUCGUUCUAAAGUUUAUCAUUUGCUUUCUCUGUGUGACAAGAACCACAUUUGUGAUGAUUGUUUGAGAAAAUUUUAAGCAUUAAAGUGAAAAUUCCAAAGAUAGGUAAUAAUUCUACAGUACUAAAUUGUUUUGAAGUUAAGAGUAAAACUGACAACUUCACGAUCCUGGGCCCUGAGGUUUUACAGCUUUCUUAUCGACUAAUGAUACAGUUGUCAUUGAGUUGUUGCUUCGUCAGUGGUGAUAGUAGGAAGUGUCCGUUAACCUUGUCAUAGGUAAAUGUCGUGCUACUCUUACUAUAUGAUACCCAAGUUGUUACUGCCUCCUGAUCAGAACACAAGAAGGCCACGUCAAUUUUGAACAUGUCCAAAGUCCUAAGUCCAAAGUUGCCGCUGGGUUGUCUUUAGAUUGUAGGAAGUCUCAUGUCAUGUUUCGUAUCCGCAGUGACAUCUUCCUGGUACUACAGUGUCACAGUUUUUAAGAAAAUUUUAAGAAAAAAAUGUUCUUGCGGAGUUCUCUGAAAUAUUUUGUCCUCAGCGGCAUCUUCCUGGUGAUAUACGACAGAAUGUGAUGAGGGCAUAAGGCAGUGACGCCUCCUGUUAUUCCUGCACUGGUGCGAAAUGGUGUUUCUGAUGUUUGUACAUUAGCGCUGCUUAGACAAUGAAAACAUAAGCUGUGUAGGGAUUUCUCCGAUAUCUUAUAGCUCCCGGGAUCCGAGUACUCAUAUACACAGUUAUGCUUUUAUGAGAAUGGUAUCUCUAGUUAUCGGCCGAGGUUAUGGUAACGCCGUAUGCAGCGAUUUGACCAUAAUUCACACAAGUAGAAAAAAAUCCCAUCUAAUAUAAAGCCGAACAAGAAACGAAGAUGCUGUUCAAAUCGUUAUAAAUAUCACAAUCUUCUAAAUAUCACUGGCAUGGUAACGCUGCAUCCAGAUCACGAUAUUUUAUCAGACUUUAUUAAUUCAUUCUUAACCGGAGACUUCUAAUAAAUUGCAAUUAACAUCACUGUAGUUUUCUACCUAAUUCUGCUUGAACCUCGGUGCUAGGGAGUGUGUAAGCUUUUAAAGCAUUUACAUGAAUAGUUCGAACAAAACCAGUUCACCAGCUAUGUGUCAUCAUUUGCCAACUAUCACACUGUCUCUGGUUUUACCCUCUGAGUAGUAGUCCUUCAUAUUAUUAAUACUUCACAUAUCUCAUGAAU